ACCGGAGUUGAAUCCCAAAUUCAGUCGGUAACAAUCUUCACCAAAAGAGUUUGUAAAGAGUAUGGAUGGUUUGGAGUUAGAAUAUGUUGAUAUGAGCUUCAAUGACUUGAGAAGAGAAGGAGCAUUGGGCUUGGCUCGUGUUGUUAUCAAAAAAGAAAGUUUUAAGAUGUUGAACAUUGAUGGGAAUAUGAUCUCUGUUAAAGGCAUUGAGGAAAUCAAAGAGAUAUUCAAGAAUUGUCGUAAGUUACUUGGACCUUUGGAUAAGAAUGACCCUCUUGGAGAAGAAAAUGAGGAUCAUGAAGAGAGUGAAGGCAACAUGGAUGAUGAUGAUUUAAGAGAGAAGCUUGAAGAUUUUGAAGAUGAAUUUGUGAGUGUAUUUAUCUUUUAUUAGUUUGUAUUGUACUAAUAGAGAGUGGUUUGGAUGCUGAGUUUACUAAAAAUGCUGCGCUUUAUCAGAAGAUCAUAUGCAUACAUUUAUUUUGGCAAGUGUACAUUUAGAGUGGCUCGAAAAAUGAAUUGGUCUCUUAGAU